UCUGAAUUCGGAGCGUCAUCACGUGCAGCACUAUUCAGACAUGAAUAUUCAAUACAUUUCGGUUUUCAUUUGCGUUGCCGGCUGGACAAGGGUGGUGCUACCUGUAAAGUCGAAUGCUAUAUUAGCUAUACCAGCAACAGGACAAAUCAAUAACUUCCAAUACGUCAAUAUCCCAGCCGAGCAUCAGUACGAAUUUGCUUUCAAUCGUGGCAGUCCCGAACAUCAGAUUUCGCGCCACCAGCUAGUCAAAGACGGCAACUUCCUAGCCAAGAUCAAGUGGAGCGACACUCACGAAGGUAUGGGUAGCAGCUAUUUUGAUUAUAACCAUGGCAAUCGGGAAAGCAUCACUAUUAGGGCCAAUUAUUACGAGCCCAUCGCUCAUCAGCAUCAAUACCAACCCGAGUACUACAAAUCAGAAGAAACGGCCAGCAACAGCGAAUUGGAGCCAGAUUAUGCAGAUUUCGACGAUAGAAACGAUGAAGUUCAAACUGAUGAGCCCGAGUUAUUUGAUUCCAUCAGCAAGCCACCACCAUCAGCUGUUGUUGCCUCUGCUUUGGUUCAGCAGCUGCCAAAGAAGAAUAUUGAAACGCUUUUCCGGCUGCCCACUCUCUCCAUCGCCCAACAUCUACUUAACGUCUACUCCUUAGUAGAGCCUCAAUAACCAUCAUACACAGCACGGGGCGUAUAUUUUUCUGAUUUUUACGCGCCCUGAAUGAUCUCAAGAAAUAACGAUAGCAUUGCACCUUGGAGUUGUUAUCUAUACAAUACGGUUUUUUCAUCUAAUUUUUAUAAAUCUAUUUGAGGCGUUACAACAGCCGUUAUUAAACUUAAGGACUUUACGUAAUUUGCAUACUUUUUUCUGCAAUUUCAACCCUUACUGCUUACGGCAGCGUAUAUAACUGCUCGCUGCUAAAACAGAAAAAAAAUGAUGAAUAUUGUCUAAGGAUUUGAUCUUGUUAUUAUUUUAUUUUUGA